AUCAAAUAAAAGUACACCACCAAACAACGCGUUUUAAUUUAUCCUCUUCAAUGCUCAAAGAAAAUCCCAUUAAUUCAAACUCACAAAAAUCCUCAUAACCAGACAAAUUUUCUCUCUUCCUCUUCCACUACCUCCUCUUCUUCUUCUUCCUUAUCUGUUUUUUUUUUUUUUUUCUAGCUUAGUAUUUAAGAAAACAUGUUGCUCACCGUUUUUUUGCUAGCAAUUCUAUUCGUUGCUGGCCUUAUUAACGUAUUCUUUUUUCUACCCACUUCCAAACUCUUUGCAUGGAUUCAAUCUUUCAUCUUCCCAGCAUCAAUUUCCUGUAGGACUACUUCUACUCCUUCAUUAUCACAAGAGCAGAAGGAGAGGAGCUCCAAGAGGAAGACCCAAGAGCUUCGACAGAUUUUCGCCACCUUCGACAAGAACAGCGACGGUUUCAUAACGAAGCAGGAGCUGAGGGAGUCACUGAAGAACAUCAGAAUCUUCAUGACGGACAGAGAUUUGGAAGAGAUGGUGGUGAAAGUGGAUUCCAACGGCGACGGCUUGAUCGAUUUCGACGAGUUUUGCUUGCUCUGCGAGUCCCUUAUUAGUCGAGAUGCGGCCGGACAGAGUAGUGGAAAAGGAGGUGGAGAGGAAGAAGAAGAAGAAGAAGGUGAGGAAUUGAAAGAGGCUUUUGAUGUGUUUGAUAAAGAUAAAGAUGGGUUGAUUUCGGUGGAGGAAUUGGGGUUGGUAUUGUGCUCUCUGGGUCUGAAAGAAGGGAAUAAGAUAGAAGAUUGUAAAGAGAUGAUUAAGAAGGUUGAUAUGGACGGAGAUGGAAUGGUUAAUUUCGACGAGUUCAAGAAGAUGAUGAAAGGUGGAGGAAGCGUCCUUUUAAAAUCUAAUUAAUUGUAGUUAAAAGUCUAUCUUUCAUCUCUAUUUAAGCUGUUUAUUUCCCAAUUUUUAGUUUGUAAGCUACGUCUUCAAACCUCUUUAGUUAGCUACAUAGAUCUAUAUAUAUCUAUCUAUUUUCCUCUCUAACAUACACACACCGAGUUCACAAAAAUUGUACAGAAAAACGAACGAAAUUAAUGAAGGUGUGUAUCAAUUAUUAUUUCCUUAAUCUACACACACACACACACACACACAUAACUAUAUAUGCACCUAUCUUUUUUGAUGAAAUCUAUGCAUAUCUAUCUGUGAAGAUAUCUUCAAUGAAUUGGAUCUCCAAAUCAAUCUCUAGCUGUGGAACUGUUUUAUUUGAUCAUGGAAGGCAAAAUCAUAUUAUGGGUAAUAAAGUUUUCUCAAGAAAAUUGUAAUGAAUUUUACACUGUUGUAAAUUAUGAAUUCCUCCAAUUUUGAUGAAGUCAAAAGUAAGCAGAUUAUGGUCAAAAAAAUUGCAGAAGGGUGAAAGAGUAAAGAGGGGUUGUCAAAUUAAUUAAGGACUAGAAGGGCCGUCAUUCAGCCUUUAGUCAAGGGUUUUUUCGAUAACUAGCCACUUUACAAUUGCAUUUUAGAAAAAUAACAAAUUUUUUUAAAUUUUUAAAAACUAAUCAAUAUUUUAUCCAUUUGGACUAAAAUAUCCUUAUCUAUAUAUAUAUAUAUAUAUUUUUUUUGUUCUUUUCUCUAUCAAAAAGCCUUUUAUUUUUUUUGGUUUCGGUUUUGUUUUUUUACUUUCCCUUUGAAAACGUUUGAAAACGCAGCUAGGGCAUAUGCACAUCUUACCAUCCCGGCCACCAUUUUCACCGACAUUCGUCUCCCAUUCGCCGGCAUCGUCCUCGUCCAUUGUUGUGUCGGCAAGAGUCGUUCGAUUGAGAGCUACCAGAGACAGAGGAGACACACAAAAGGCAACGCCUUCCAUACCGUUUGCCGCCGUAACAAAAAAUGAAUAGGAUGGAUAGAUGACAGUGACUAGUGGGGGAAAGUGGUGGGAUUCUAUGCUGGAAUAUUGUUUUGAUUGACAGAUGGAGGAGGUUUCGCUUCUCACUGAUGCAGUUUCUCAGUCAAGAUUCAAGAAAAAUAGGAAAAAACAAAAUAAAAAUUAAAAAAAAAAAACUGCAGAGGCAACUCCGCCAGGCGCUUCGUGAUUUUCGUCGAUCCAAAUUCAGUUAGGGAGAGAGAGAGAGAGAAUGGAGGCGUUACAGAGCCGAGUGGAAUCGUGGAUCAGGGAGCAGAGAGCGAAGAUCUUGAAGGUGUCGUGGGGACCACUGCAGUGGAGGAUGAAGUGGCCGUGGAACAGCGACGACAGAGAGCAGCGGAAGAAGCUUCAGCAGGAGUAUGAACGCCGCAAGAAGCAACUCCACGAUCUCUGCCUCGCCGUCAAGGCCGACUCUUUCUCCGACUUGCAGGACAUCCUCUGCUGCAUGGUCCUCUCCGAGUGCGUUUACAAGAAACCUGCUAGCGAAUUGGUUCGAGCGGUUAACAAAUUCAAGGCCGAUUUUGGAGGACAAAUUGUUUCUUUAGAGCGUGUCCAACCUUCUUCAGAUCAUGUUCCUCACAGGUAUUUGUUGGCAGAAGCAGGUGAUACUUUGUUUGCUUCCUUUAUUGGAACGAAACAGUACAAAUGGAGGAGGUUUCGCUUCUCACUGAUGCAGUUUCUCAGAUUGAUGAGCCAUUUUUACUGGCUAUAGUGGUAAUUGUGUGCUGAACUUCAACAAAUUCUGGUUCCAGGGAUAUACAUUGGUAUUAGCCAGGGCCAACUGGUAGAGGUAGAGGAACCAGAGCUAUGAAUCAAGGUAAGAAUGCCAAGCCAAUUGGUAGAGGUAGAGGAAGAGGGACCAGAGCUAUGAAUCAAGGUAAGAAUGCCAAGCCAAUUGGUGCUGGAGUUGGUGGACAGGGACACACAGGAUUGGACUUGCCAAUCGGAAAGUUGGUUGCUGUUCGUGAUGAUUUGGUUGCUCAGAAAAGUGCAGAAAAGUUGGCUGCUGCUGAGGAUGAGGGAAGCACAAGUCCACUUCCUGAAAGGAUACAGAUUGGCAACUCCCCAGUGUAUAAGUUGGAGCGGAAGCUGGGAAAAGGAGGUUUUGGACAAGUAUAUGUUGGAAGAAGGCUGACUGGAGGCAGCGGUUGCUCUGGGCCUGAUGCCUUUGAGGCUAUCUGAAGAGAUGGUUGCUUGUAUAGCAGUGGAGGCAAUAUCCAUUUUAUGUUUUCCUCCAGAAGGGAACUGUUCGCUAUGCAAGUGUCCAUGCUCAUUUAGGCAAGACAGGGAGCCGGAGAGAUGACCUUGAGUCUCUUGCUUAUACUUUAAUAUUUCUUCUUAGAGGAAAACUUCCCUGGCAAGGUUACAUUAGAGAGAAUAAAGGUUUUCUUGUUUGCAAGAAGAAGAUGACAACUUCUAUAAAUGAAUCUAGACAUUGGCUUAUCUUAUCCUACAAGUUGAGACACCAAAUUAAUAUAUCUAAUGAGGAUUAUUCUCUUAUAAUGUGCUUGACUUUUUACUGGCUAAAGAAGAAAACAGAUAUUGGUUGUGCUGAAAUUCCCUCUCAUUCAUAUCCUUAUUUCAUUUGACUGCAGAAAAGAAGAUGGGGUAGCUGCUGGAGUCUCGGAUCAUGGAGAAUGGGAGGAUCAGUGCUACCGAAAGCAUCGAUCCAUCACUCUUGGGUCAAUAAAGGAAUUCAAUUUUGACAGCACAAAGUCAGAAUUUUUAGAUAAGCCUACCAAUGGCUCAGAGUGGUGGGCUAAUGAAAAAGUAUCUGGAAAGGAAUCUAAGCCUGGCAACGGUUGGACUUUCUUUCCCAUUUUGCAGCCAGGAGUCAGCUAACAUAGAAAAUAUUUCAUCAUAGCUUCCCCUCUGUGAAAGGACUUUGAAAUCAAUUGGAUUUGCAACUGUAAAGCAGCUAACCCAUCUGUUGUAAAUCUGGAGUUAUACAAUUUUGAAGAUACGGCUAUAGCUUGGCAAAACUUGGGAUCAAAUUGUUGUUGGAUGAAUGGAUGGAUUGCAGAGAUGAAAGAACUGCUUAUGAAUGUGUUAGGAGCAGAAACAAGAUGCAGAGAGGAGAUAAUUUUCUAGGAAUUAGUGUGAGUACUGAUAGAGCAUUCUUUGUAAUAUUUCUUGAUGUUAUACAAAGGGAUAGCAUUCGCUUAUAGGGGGUUUUGUUGUGGACUACUUUUUCUUGUAAUGUGUAACAAUAAAAAAAUGAAGAAGCUCAUAUUUCCACAUUUUUUAAGAGACCUCUAAAUCAUUUGGUGAUC